AUGGCUACCCCAGGAACCCAGUAUAUGAUGCAGGUCGGGUUGGCCUCCGGCAUGUCAGCAACGGAGGGGAUGGGCUCGCCGCAUCUCAAGCCCGUGGACCCCAAUUUCAGUGAUCCGGCACAUGUACUGCCGGAAUACAUUAUCCCAGACUCACAGAGCCGGAUUGCUCUGCCGGCACACGGUGGCAAGGAUGUGCUCAUCCCAUACAUGAGCAUUGGCACCUGGGCAUGGGGCGACAAGGCCACGUUUGGCUAUAACCCAACCACCGACCUUCCGAAGAUCCAUCAAGCGUGGAGUAAACUGAAGGAAGUCGGUCUUACCUUCGUGGAUACGGCACAGUCGUAUGGCGACGGUGAAAGUGAACGGAUUUGCGGCACGCUGUUCCAAGGCAUGCCGCGAAACUCGUUCGCAGUGCAGACCAAGUGGCACUCGGCUGGGGACAUUAGCAGCAUGCUUUUACAGUCACUCGGGCCCAAGUCCAAGCUCAGUGGCUCACUAAAACGCCUCGGGCUCGACUACGUGGAUAUUUACCUGGUGCAUGGACCCAUUCACGCCAGUCUGAUCUCCUCGGUCGCAAAGGGGCUAGCUGAAUGCGUUGAUUCCGGAAUGGCUCGAGCAGUGGGCGUGGCCAACUACGACACCCGUGAAAUGAUCGCAAUGGCUGACGAGUUGGCCAAGUCUGGCAUUCCGCUGUCCGUGAGCCAGUGUGAGUAUUCGGUUAUUCGUCGUCUCCCCGAGGUCAGCGGCAUGAUACGCGAGUGUCGCCAGCGAGGUAUCUGUUUCCAGGGCUUCGCGUCGCUCGGAGAGGGUCGACUGACGGGCAAGUACUCGCGAUUCAAUCAACCCCCACGCACCAGACGAUUCAGUAGCUACCCGAUGCAUUUGCUCGAGCCCACGGUCGAGGUGUUGAAGAGCAUCACGGAAGAGCGCCGCGUGCCUGUGCCAGCCGUCGCGCUCAACUAUUCCAUCAACAAGGGCGUUGUGCCUGUAGUUGGAGUGCGCAACGCGGAACAAGCAGAGCAGGACAUGCAGGCGCUCGGCUGGCGUCUAACAGAAGCGGAGAUACGUCGCAUUGAGGACGUUAGUCUAGAGGGUCACAGGUCUUCUCUCCUGCAGCAUGGUUAG